CUGUUUGCCCAUCUCUAAUAUACGUACUUAUGUACAUCGUGUAGAUGAAAAGUAAUAUUUGGAUAAUUUCUUCUAAUUGAAAAUGGGAGUACCGGCAUUCUUUCGAUGGCUCAGCAAAAAAUAUCCUUGUGUUAUUAUAGAAUGCAACGAGAACAAGCAAGUAGAUCCGGAUACGGGCAAAAAUAUUUACGAAGACGCCACUUUACCGAAUCCAAAUGGCAUCGAAUUUGACAAUUUAUAUCUGGACAUGAACGGCAUUAUACAUCCUUGUACGCAUCCUGAAGACAAGCCAGCCCCCAAAAAUGAAGAAGAAAUGAUGGUUGCCAUCUUCGAGUGCAUUGACCGACUAUUCGGUAUUGUUCGUCCCAGGAAAUUAUUGUAUAUGGCCAUUGAUGGAGUUGCGCCGCGGGCGAAAAUGAAUCAACAAAGAUCAAGACGUUUUCGAGCCGCUAAAGAAACCACAGAAAAGCGGCUAGAAGUUGAAAGAAUUCGAGAAGAACUCUUAGCACGCGGCUGUAAAUUGCCGCCAGAAAAGGAGAAAGGCGAACAUUUCGAUUCCAAUUGCAUCACGCCUGGCACUCCGUUUAUGGACCGCUUGAGCAAAUGCUUGCACUAUUAUAUACACGAUCGUCUCAAUAACAAUCCGGCCUGGAAGGGCAUCAAAGUGAUUCUAUCGGAUGCCAAUGUACCCGGUGAGGGAGAGCACAAGAUCAUGGACUAUAUUCGCAAACAGCGUGCGCAGCCCGAUCAUGAUCCUAACACACAUCACGUGCUUUGUGGAGCCGAUGCAGAUUUGAUUAUGUUGGGAUUGGCCACCCAUGAGCCGAAUUUCACCAUUAUUCGCGAAGAGUUUCUGCCGAAUAAACCGCGUCCUUGCGAUGUUUGCAAUCAGUUUGGCCACGAGAUGGACAAAUGUGUGGGACUUGGAGCUGUUGGUCCAACAACAAGUAAUUUUACGCCUGAUGUGCCAAUUGGGGCGGAGGUGAAGUUUAUCUUUGUACGAUUGAGUGUGCUUAGAGAGUAUCUGAAGAAAACGCUGGAAAUGCCCAAUUUACCCUUCAGUUAUGACUUCGAGAGAGCUCUGGAUGAUUGGGUGUUUAUGUGCUUCUUUGUGGGCAACGAUUUCUUGCCACAUUUGCCCAGUUUGGAGAUACGCGAAGGCGCCGUUGAUCGAUUGGUUGAAUUAUACAAGAAGUGCGUUUAUAAAACCAAAGGAUAUUUAACAGAUUCGGGUGACGUUAAUUUAGACAGAGUGCAAUUAAUUAUGACGGAUUUGGGAAAUGUCGAGGAUCAGAUAUUCAAAGACAGGCAAAGGCGCGAACAGCAGUACAAGGCCCGCCAGAAGAGGGAGAAUAACAAUUUUAAAGGCAUGGAGCAGUCAGUAUUUGGACCCACAGCUGUGGGACCCAAUAGUGCCCCAGGCAACAAGAUCACCAACUACAAACAGGAAGCGGCGGCAUUGCGCAUGGGACCUGGUGGAAAACGCACGAGUGCCCAGGCAAAUUUGGACGAUGAAGAGGAGGACAAUGACGAAGUGCGUCUAUGGGAGGAAGGAUUUAAGACCCGUUACUACGAAUCCAAAUUCGAUGUGACGCCAGAGAAUCUUCAAUUCCGUUAUGCUGUUGCCCUGCAAUAUGUGAGAGGACUAUGCUGGGUUCUGAAAUAUUACUAUCAAGGUUGUGCUUCAUGGAACUGGUAUUUCCCUUACCAUUAUGCUCCAUUCGCAUCUGAUUUUGUAAAUAUCCAAGGACUGUCGACAUCGUUCGAAAAGGGCACAAAGCCGUUUAAUCCUUUGGAGCAGUUGAUGGGCGUAUUCCCCGCAGCGAGUAGCUCCCAUGUCCCGGAGCCUUGGGCAGAACUAAUGUCUAAUCCUGAAUCUAAUAUAAUUGACUUUUACCCAGAAGACUUCAAGAUUGAUCUGAAUGGCAAAAAAUUCGCCUGGCAAGGUGUUGCAUUAUUGCCAUUCGUGGAUGAAAAGCGACUAUUUAAGGCCCUCAAACCGCUUCACGGCGAAUUAACGGCAGAAGAAGUCAAGCGGAACAAGAGAGGUGAAAACAAUCUGUAUAUAAGUAAAUCAAGUCCCCAUUUCAAGAAGGUUCAGAAAUUAUACAAGACAGCUGACAGCUCCGAUAAUGAGAAUAGUCCCAUAUCAUUUGAUGGCAUGAGCGGAACAAUAUCAGCAUCCGAACUUAAUACGAUCUUAUCCGGGCAUUUAAAGUCGCCCAUACCUGAUUUGCCUGACAUUGUCGAUAAUACCGCAAUAACGGCUGUCUACAAGGAUCCAGAGUACGAUGAGGACUACAUCUUCCUGGCCAAGAGGCUGCCCAAUGCAGUGGACCCUCCUCAAGUUAUACAAAACGACAAUAGUCAUAAAAAUGGACCUGUUAUCGGUUUCGGCAACCAUUCACAGCGAGCUUAUUUGCCACCUGGCGCCCAUCGGAUGGUUAACGCUGGAAUGCGAAGAAAUGAUAAUGGACAAGGUGGUGGUGGUUAUCAACAAUAUCACAAUAAUAUGGGAAAUAAUAUGAACUAUAACAAUUAUCAGCAACAAAAUCAAGGAGGAUAUCAUGGUAAUCAGAACUACAACAGAUCGUACAAUCAAAGAAAUCAGGGUAACAAUUAUCAGCAACGCAAUAACAAUUAUAAUGGACCCCGGCAUUCCAACUAUCAUCAAGGCAACUACAGGGGAAAUAAUAAUCAACAUUCAAAUUAUAGAAGAUUUUAAGUCAACUGACGUUCUUCAUCCAUGUAACUGAUUAAGUGCAAAGAAGAAAAUACUUGCAAGCCAAUUAUAUACAUACACUAAUAUGUACCUACAUAUAAUCUUGAUGUACAGCGGCUUUUAUUCGGUUUUGACAUAAUUGUGCCUAAUCACAAAUAUAAAUAUGUCUGAUAUUUCUAAGGAAA